CUGGUGCGGGAGGCGGAGCUGUGUCAGAUCUGCCCUGAAGUGGGCGGUGGGAAGGCCACGGGACUGACAGGUCGCAGGGAGCCAGCUGGGCGCACCCAGUCACCGGUGCAGUUGGGAACCCUGGUCUCUGACCUCUGUCCAGACACGCCUACACGGGGGCCAUAAAACCCUGAGAAACGUGGGUGGGGAGGCGCGGGCCCAGUGUCUGAGUUACUGACUACGUGGAUCUGGGACUCCAGGUCCCCGAGAGCACCCUCUACGCUGAGAAGGGGACUGCGGCAUGAGGAGGCUCCUCCUGGUUGCCAGCCUGGCGGCUCUGCUGCUGGGGGAGGCAGGCUCGGCUUCCAAGCCCCAGGUCCUCAUCAAGACCAAAGGCAAAGUUGGGGCCCCUGAGCAGGACACAGAGGAGCCCUGGGGCGUCCCUUCUCUGGGAAGGGACGACGAGCUCAUGGGGCUGCCCAGCUGGGACCCGGAGCCUGACCGUGACGGCCUGUACCACCCACCACCUGAGGAGGCCCAGGCCAAGGCAGGGCUCCGUUCUUGGUCACUGCCACCUCGCCAGGAGCUUCAGGGGCCAGAGGAGGAUCGAGACCACAUCUACCACCCCAGGGACGACUCCUGACCCCUGACCCUACCCCAACUGGAAAAAUAAACCUUGCAGAUGUGGA